AGCGGAAGGCGGGGGCGGAGGCGGGGCAGCGGCAGCGUAGGUCUGGCGGCGGCAGUAGGGCUAGAAGCUGCGAGUAGGCUCGGCGCCGCUGGAGCAGACGCCGGUUCCGAGUCGGACGCCUGGCGCUGGCGACUUUGGAGGUCUCCCCGUGGACUUCGUACAGCUAUGAAACCUACAUAGAGGGGCGCCGUGACGCUUCUGUUGGCCAUAUGAUGAAGAGGAGGAGUUGGCUUUGGAGUGCUGGGAGCCUGCACAGUUGCUGAGCACUCAGUGCGCCCAGCCCGACCCCUGGAGAGCCCACUACACAAUGAACAAACUGACUUUCCAGAACAACAGAGUCAUGCAGGACCGCCGCAGCGUGUGCAUCUUCCUUCCCAACGACGAGUCUCUGAACAUCAUCAUAAAUGUUAAAAUUCUGUGUCACCAAUUGCUGGACCAGGUGUGUGACCUGCUCAGGUUAAAGGAUUGUCACCUCUUUGGUCUCAGUGUUAUACAAAAUAAUGAGCAUGUGUAUAUGGAGUUGUCACAAAAGCUUUAUAAGUAUUGUCCAAAGGAAUGGAAAAAGGAGGCCAGCAAGGGCAUUGACCAGUUUGGGCCUCCCAUGAUCAUCCAUUUCCGGGUGCAGUACUAUGUGGAGAAUGGAAGACUGAUCAGUGACCGGCUUGCAAGGUACUAUUACUACUGGCACCUGAGGAAGCAAGUGCUGCAUUCUCAGUGUGUGCUCAGAGAGGAGGCCUACUUCCUGCUGGCAGCCUUCGCACUGCAGGCCGAUCUUGGGAACUUCAAAAGGAGCAAGCACGUAGAGAAUUACUUUGAGCCGGAGGCUUACUUCCCCGCAUGGGUUGUUUCCAAGAGGGGAAAGGAAUACAUCCUGAAGCACAUUCCAAACAUGCACAGGGACCAGUUCGCGCUGACGGCCUCCGAGGCUCAUCUGAAAUACAUCAAAGAGGCCGUCCGACUGGACGACGUCGCCAUCCACUACUAUCGACUAUACAAGGAUAAAAGAGAAGUUGAAGGCUCAUUGACCCUAGGAUUGACCAUGCGUGGAAUACAGAUUUUUCAGAAUCUAGAAGAAGAGAAACAGUUGCUGUAUGAUUUCCCCUGGACAAAUGUUGGGAAGUUGGUGUUUGUGGGCAAGAAGUUUGAGAUUUUGCCAGAUGGCCUUCCCUCUGCCAGGAAGCUGGUCUACUACACAGGGUGUCCCACCCGCUCCCGCCACCUCCUGCAGCUGCUGAGCAACAGCCACCGCCUCUACAUGAACCUGCAGCCCGUCUUGCGCCAUCUCCGCAAGAUGGAGGAGAACGAAGAGAAAAAGCAGUACCGGGAAUCUUACAUCAGCGACAACCUGGACCUUGACAUGGACCAGCUGGAGAAGCGGUCACGUGCCAGCGGGAGCAGCGCGGGCAGCGUGAAGCAUAAGCGCUUGUCUCGCCACUCCACGGCCAGCCACAGCAGCUCCCACACCUCAGGCAUCGAGGCAGACACCAAGGCCCGGGACCCAGGGCCAGAAGACAGCUGUCCAGGCAGCGCCAUGCACCGCAAGCUGAAGACCUGCAGCUCCAUGACCAGCCACGGCAGCUCCCACACCUCAGGGGUGGAGAGCGGAGGCAAAGACCGCCUGGAGGAGGACUCGCAAGACGACGAAAUAGAGAUGUUGGUCGAUGACCCGAGGGACCUGGAGCCCAUGACUGAAGAGUCACUGGAAGUCAGCCCUGACAUGUGCAUCUACAUCACGGAGGACAUGCUCCUGUCCAGGAAGCUGAAUGGGCACUCAGGGUUAAUUGUGAAAGAAAUCAGUUCUUCCACCUCCAGCUCUUCAGAAACAGUUGUGAAGCUUCGAGGACAGAGCACCGACUCCCUUCCACAGACAAUAUGUCGAAAACCAAAGACUUCCACUGACCGACACAGCCUGAGCCUCGACGACAUCAGAGUGUGCCAGAAGGACUUCCUGCGCAUUGCAGGCCUGUGUCAGGACACUGCUCAGAGUUACACGUUUGGGUGCGGCCACGACCUGGAUGAGGAUGGCCUCUACUGCAACAGCUGCUUGGCUCAGCAGUGUGUCAACAUCCAAGAUGCUUUUCCAGUCAAAAGAACCAGCAAAUACUUCUCUCUGGACCUCACUCACGACGAAGUCCCGGAGUUUGUUGUGUAGGCCCCGCUGCGGGGCAGCUGCUGUCUGCUGCAGGCUGUGGCGUCUGAGGUUCUUUACAUACUAUUUGUGCCAUAUUUUCCUCACCCCCAAACUUAGCUCUUUCUUUAUAAUCUUCAUGAUGGAAACAAAAGCCUUGGGACAAUUGCACUUUAAGUAUUAUGCAGAGGUAAGGGAAACAGAGAAUGUAAAAGGAAGUGCCCAGAUGUUUAUAGACCCUUUGGAAGGAGGUGUGCUUUCCAGCCUACCCAGCUUCCAGACUAUUAGACUGUGCUGUGUGUUCACCUAAU